CUACCCUGUUGUCUGAAAGCCCCAGUCCUGACUGGGCCAUCUGUUGCGGGGACCCUCCUUCUCCCCUUUCCCUAUCCCCCACCCUGCCCCUUCCGCACGUGCUGACCACCUGCUCCGAAGGCUGUGGCAGCUGAGAAGGCCUCCCACCCCCACCCCCCCCCCCACCCCCGGCUCCGCCACAACACACACACCACCUCCCAGCCUCCUGGCUCCCUCCACUCGGCUCCCAGCAACCUCGCUUUUGCUAAUGGGCCUUAAUGCCCCUGCCAGCUGCUUUGCCAAACCCACAGGAUUGGGAGGGUGCGGGGGCACUUGGGUGGCCAGGACAGCUCCCCGGUCCCAGCCUGGCGCCCCCGCCCCCAAAGCUGAACCGAUCGCGCACCAGGACGCCGGGGUCUGUUCAUUCCCCCUCCUUUCCUGGCAAAAGUGCCUCGUCACCGCUUCUGCCCGCCCCCGCCGGGCUGGGAGAACCGUGGGGUUAGCUGGAAGAUUUGGGGAUGAGGGACCGCGAGGCGCCUCCCGAAGCAAAUCUUUCGGACGCGGAACUUAAGGGGAUCUGAGGUCAGGAGUCACGGAGGGGAAGGGAGCCCACGCCUGGAUGGACCUAGGGGAACGUGUCAGCGAGAUUCACGUGCGUGCUCAGUCCAGGACUGGCCAGUGGGCGUGGCGGGGCGGUGGCCACACCGGAGGAGGCGGAGUCGUGAUUGCGUAUAGGCGUGGCCUGCUGGUCAAGGGGCGGGGUCUCUUUGCAUAUCCAGCAGGCGGCGGGGCUGGGGCGGGGAGCCGAAGCGGGAGGGGCGCUCCCCCGCCCCUGGAACGGAAUCCUCCCGGGAGCGGAGCAGGCUAGCGAGCUUGCAUCCCGCACCAUCCCCCGGCCCCCGGUCCCGGCCCGCGUCAGACCGAGCUGCCGCCGCCGCCACAGCAGCAGCAGCACUCGGGGAUCCGGGCCCAGCCGGGGCCGCGGGAGGCGGGGGCGCCGGAGCCCUGGAUGUCCCGCAGCGCGGCGGCCAGCGGCGGACCCAGGAGGCCAGAGCAGCAUCUGCCCCCUGCCCCUUGUGGGGCCCUGGGGCCCCCUGAAACCUCCAGGACGGAGCCAGACGGGGCGGGCACUAUGAACAAGCUACGCCAGAGCCUGCGGCGGCGGAAACCAGCCUACGUGCCUGAGGCAUCGCGCCCACACCAAUGGCAGGCGGACGAGGACGCGGUGCGCAAGGGCACGUGCAGCUUCCCGGUCAGGUACCUGGGCCACGUGGAGGUGGAGGAGUCCCGGGGGAUGCACGUGUGUGAAGAUGCUGUGAAGAAGUUGAAGGCGAUGGGCCGGAAGUCUGUGAAGUCUGUCCUGUGGGUGUCAGCCGAUGGGCUCCGGGUGGUGGAUGACAAGACCAAGGACCUGCUGGUAGACCAAACCAUCGAAAAGGUCUCCUUCUGUGCUCCUGACCGCAACCUGGACAAGGCUUUCUCCUAUAUCUGCCGUGACGGGACCACCCGCCGCUGGAUCUGCCACUGUUUCCUGGCGCUCAAGGACUCCGGCGAGAGGCUGAGCCACGCAGUGGGGUGUGCGUUUGCGGCCUGCCUAGAGCGGAAACAGCGGCGGGAGAAGGAGUGCGGAGUCACGGCUGCCUUUGACGCCAGCCGCACCAGCUUCGCCCGGGAGGGCUCCUUCCGCCUGUCCGGGGGUGGGCGGCCGGCUGAGCGAGAGGCUGCCGACAAAAAGAAAG